AUCACUUGCAUGGAAAGGGCAAAUGAGCAGCAAAAGCUGAUAAUGAUGGAGGGCUAUGGCUCAAAGGAUCCCCUAAAGGUUCAGCGGGUUAAAGAUUUGUAUAAGGCUUUGGACUUACCCAGUGUUUUUGCCGCGUAUGAGGAAAAAUCCUAUAACGAUAUAACAGAUCACAUAAAGCAAAUUUCGAGUGAUGUUCCACCAGAGAUUUUUCUACACAUUUUAAAUAAGAUUUAUCGACGUUGAUGAUUUAAAUGUGCCAACCUAAAUUUUGGUACAA